UGGCUCAGGCGAUCCAGCUUCGAGUUGGCACUUCUGCGUUUUGCCACGCCCGGCCACAAGAUGGCGCCCCGCACGCGCCAGCCUCGCAGCAGCCUCUUUACCUACGUUGUGCUCGGCGCGCUCGCCGCACAGCUGCUGGUUGACCUGGAGGUGUCCGACUUUGUCGACGGAGAGACCCACGCGGCGUUUGCGGCCCCUCGCACCGCCACCUCCUCUCCCGAGGACUGCCGUGGAUGCCCUUGCGGCGAAGACGCUCACGCGCAGCAUCGAGGGUCCGCAGAGCGGCCGCCAGCGCCCCGGGGGCCGCACUACGGCCCACGCGGCUGCGCCGGUGACGAGCAUCACGCAGAAGGUGAUCAACGCCAUGGGCGCGGGCGCAGUCGCCUCCGUCAUCCAAGCAGCGCUCUCGGCGGUGGGCGAGCCUAUCGUGAACCGCGUGCUCGUGAAGCGCAUGAAGAUCAUGGAGGCGAUCAACGACGUGAGUGCUGCACAGAUGCUCAACUUCUUCAAGACGACGCUGGCCACGAAUUUCCUCAAGUUCCCGUUCUUCGAGGCCAUCAAUGCCUUCUGCGCUGCAUUCCCCAUCAGCCCGACCUACCGUGGCAUCUUCACGGGCUUCGUCUUCACCACGGCUACCCUCCCGGUCACGAACUACAGGUACCGUAAGUCGAUGGAUUUGGAAGUAAAUUGGGCUAACAUCUAUGAGGCCUACCCGCCCACGGUCAUCCGCGACAUCGUGUAUGGCAUCGCCCGCAACUACUGCACUAUCGCCGUGCUCGGUCUCAACUCGGCGUGGUCGAUCACCUCGCCUGAGGUGUUGUUCAUUGUCGUGAUCCUGGGCUGCAUUAUCUCGGCACCCUUCAAUGAAUGGCGCGGCUAUCUCCUGCAGUCCAAGGGCCAGGAGCUCACAUUCAAGGAGUUUUUCAAGCCAUCGAACUUCGUGCGCUCCACCUCGCUCGGGGCGAUCAAGCAAGGCUUGGCGCUUGCUCUGGGCUACUGGUGCGCACCGCCGGCGACGAGGAUGGUUGCUGGCCUCGUCGCCUCCAUCAAGGGCGCCUUCUGAGACGGCGCCUGGGGGCGGCCGCCCCGGAGCGCGCCCCACGCGCCAGCCGCUGGCCCCAUCCGCUUCCACAUCCUGCCGUUCUUCCGCUCCGUCUUCUUCUUUCCCCAUUCCUUCUUGGCCGCCCCUGGCCUCCCCCGUGUUGCUCUAUUUCCUAGCUUUCCCGCUUCUGACUCUGCUAUCGUCAGUGUCGCCGUGUUUUCGGCGCAUUGCCCGCAUUUCGUCGUUCCUACAGGAGCUGUGGAGGAGUUCGGGGGGGGAACUUCUCUCAGCUGCGCGCGGCCGGCUAAAAUAGUUGGCGCGCCGUCGACCCUCUCUUUCUAGAGCGAUCCGUGGGCGAGGCAAGUUCUGUGCAGCCCCAAAGAACGGACAGCGGAUCUCCCGUCUCGUAUGACGUUUAGCUUUCGCAUCGUUUCUUGUCCGCCUGCCCUCUUAUCGUCUCUUUUUCUCGGCCUGUGAACUCCUCCUCCUCCUCCUCCUCCUUUCCCUCCUCC